AUGGUUUCGAAUUUUCGUUUAUGGUUUUUUAUACUCUGUUUUUACCUUGUUAACACCGCGAUUAAAGCAGUCUCCGAAGAUGAAAUCGAAGAGAGAAAGCCUUACAUUGUGUACAUGGGAGACGCUGGAGCGACUGAGAAUUCUCAUGUUGAAAACCAUCACAAUCUUUUAUCGAAAACAAUCGGAGACGAGAGCAAAGCAAGAGAGGUUAAAAUGUAUAGCUAUGGGAAGAACAUUAAUGGAUUUGUGGCAAGACUUUAUCCUCAUGAAGCUGAGAAGCUAUCACGCGAAGAAGGAGUUGUAUCGGUGUUUAAGAACACUAAACUACAGCUUCACACGACAAGAUCAUGGGAUUUUCUAGGGUUUGUUGAGUCUAAAUACAAAAGAAGUGUAGCAGUAGAGAGUAAUAUCAUUGUGGGAAUUCUUGACACAGGAAUCUAUAUCGACUCACCAAGCUUCGAUGACAAAGGCUAUGGACCUCCUCCAGCUAAAUGGAAAGGAAAAUGUGUAACUGGAAAUAACUUGACUAAUUGCAAUAAUAAAGUGAUAGGUGCAAGGUACUAUCACCUUGAGCAACAGAGACUUUUCGAUAGCCGGGGACAAACCGCUGCGGAUUACGAUGGUCAUGGGACUCAUAUAUCUUCCACAAUCGCCGGUGUUUCUAUCUCCAGCGCUAGCCUCUUCGGAAUUGCAAAUGGCACGGCUCGAGGCGGUGUUCCUUCUGCUCGAAUAGCUACUUAUAAGGUGUGUUGGGACGAAGGAUGUUCAGCCAUGGACAUGAUGGCGGCAUUCGACAAGGCGAUUUCUGAUGGUGUCGAUGUGAUAUCGAUAUCAAUCGGAGGAGCUUCUCUUCCGUUUUUCGAAGAUCCUAUCGCGAUUGGAGCGUUCCACGCUAUGAAAAGAGGAAUCUUGACAACUUGUUCUGCAGGCAACAAUGGUCCUGCUCUCUUUACGGUUUCUAACCUUGCGCCGUGGGUAAUGACUGUCGCGGCUAACUCGAUCGACCGGAAGUUUGAAACUCUUGUCAAACUCGGCAAUGGCCUCGCCACGUCUGGAAUCUCUUUAAACGGAUUCUCUCCAAAGAAGAAAAUGUAUCCUCUAACUAGCGGUUCGCUUGCGUCUAACGUAUCUGCAGGAAGCUAUGAACAACCAAGUUCUUGUGAACCCGGGACAAUGGGAGAGGAUAAAGUGAUGGGAAAAGUAGUUUACUGUGAAGCAUCACGUGAAGAAGGAGGCAGUAAUCAAGAUCAAAUAGUGAGAAACUUAAAAGGAGCUGGUGUGAUCGUUCAACUUCUAGAACCGACUGAACGGGCCGCUGCAACUCUCAUUGCUGGCUCUUAUGUCGUCAUGGAAGACGGUACAAAGAUCUCUGAGUACAUCAACUCCACCAAAAACCCUCAAGCCGUAAUCUUUAAGACAAAAACAUCCAAAACGUUAGCUCCAUCGAUUCCUUCCUUCUCAGCGAGAGGACCGCAAAGAAUCAGCCCCAACAUUCUCAAGCCUGACAUUUCAGCGCCGGGGCUAAACAUUCUUGCAGCACACUCGAAGUUAUCAACGGUAACGGGUUAUCCAGACGACAAAAGACAAACACUUUUUAACGUAAUGUCAGGAACAUCAAUGGCUUGUCCACACGCCGCAGCUGCAGCAGCAUAUGUCAAAUCAUUCCAUCCUGAUUGGUCUCCUGCCGCAAUCAAAUCCGCCCUAAUGACAACAGCUACUCCGAUGAGAAUGAAAGGAAACGAAGCAGAACUAAGUUACGGGUCAGGUCAAAUCAACCCGAGGAGAGCAAUACACCMCGGUCUAGUCUACGACAUAACCGAAACCGCUUACUUACAAUUCCUCUGCAAAGAAGGGUAUAAUAGCACAAGUAUCGGACUUUUAGUCGGCGAUAAUAACAACAAUACGAAGAAGGAAUACAGAUGCGUAGAUCACAAGCAAGGGUUAGGAGGAUCCGACGGGCUAAAUUCCCCGUCAAUGCAUAAACAAGUGAGUGGAGAGAAAGUGACGGAGAUUUUUUACAGAACGGUUAGGAAUGUUGGAUAUGGUCCGUCGAAUUACGUGGUUAAGGUUUGGGCACCAAAGGGUUUAAGAGUUCAAGUUGUGCCUAGGGUUAUGAGUUUUGCUAAACCUGGAGAGACCAAGAAUUUCAAGGUUAUGGUUGAUGGAGUUUGGGAUGAGUCAAUGAAAGGGAUUAUGUCUGCUUCUGUGGAAUGGGAUGAUUCAAGAGGACAUCUUGUGAGAAGUCCGAUUCUCUUGUAUCAUUCGGACAGUGAUUAUUUCACUUAA